GCAUACGGCACAAAGUUCAGUCGGAUGAGGUCCGUCUGCCUCGACGUCUUCGUCUAAACAUGUUAUUUUAUGUAUUUAUAUGUAUGUUUACGUUAUUGUCGGCGUAACGCAGUGAUCAGAAAGCCGCUGCCGCACUUUAGGAGGAAAACCUUGUACUUCCUCGAGUUUACGGGUCGCAUGCGGGAAGUAGGCGUGAGGUUCGCCUUUUUGACACUGGUGCGUUGUUAAGCUGCGGUCAAUCCAGAGCCAUGGACUCGGACACAGAGGUGGAAAGGAUAUUAGAGCCUGGGGCUGAGGAAGAGGAGGAGAGGAAGAAGUGGGAACGACCUCCCUCCAGCUAUGGCUCAAUGAGGAGCGACAGUGAGGAGGAGGAAGAGCCUGCUGAGACCAGCUCCUCCCCGGUUGUCUUUGCACUACCUGAAGUACCUGUUGCUCAUGGAGACACAGGGUUGCAGCUGAUUCGCUCUGAGUCUCCAGAGACCCUCUACACAGCAACCACACAGCAGACCAAACCAAUAGGAGCCUGCGUCAUAGACACCAGGUCCUUUAAUGAGCUGGAGGAUUUGGAGGAAGUGGAGGGAGAGGAGGAAGACAAUUAUUUGGUGGUGGACUCCCCGGAGCCGCCUUCUCCCGUGGAGCCAGAUGACACUAUGGAGACCGAGGAUGAGGACGCCCAGCCAGGCAGGAAGCACUCGGAACAGGAGCUGCCCUAUAUAUUCAAGAACAUCCAGAGUGCUCUGUCGGUGCUCAGCGCGGAUGAGCUAAUCACGUUUAGGUUGUGGUUUUUUCAUUGUAAGAAAGAUGUCACCAGUUCACACGUGAUGGAGGGUGACAUUCUCGACCUGGUGGACAAGAUGAUAGAGGUCACGGGAGCAGAUAAUGCCCUGUGGGAAACUAUUGGUUGUUUGCAACACAUCAAUAAAGAGCAGGAGGCAGAGGAACUGGAGAACAAAUGCAAGAGAGCUGUGGUUCGCUUUCAUCUGAAGCAGCACUUAAUCAGAAAACACGAUGUCAUCUAUGAGGGGAUCCCCGAGCCAGGAAAGCAGCAGCACCUGAACACCAUCUACGUCGAGCCCCAGAUUUCUCUCAGCGGUUAUGGAGGGAUUGAUCCCUACCAUGAGAUCCGACCACAUCCGCCCUCGCCUCCCCGCGUCCCCAGCCCCGACACCUUUGUUAGUGUGGACGAACUGUUCCGUCUGCGUAAAGACGACGGCCAGCGGGUGAAGACAGUGCUGACCACUGGGAUCCCGGGAAUUGGCUUGUCUGUGACUGUGGGGAAGUUCUCCUUGGACUGGGCAAAGGAAAAAGCAAAUAAGGACCUGCAGUUUGUGAUCCAGCUCUCUUUCAAAAGCCUGUGGUCGCUCCGCACCCACCACCUUCCUUCCUCAAAGAAAAUGACCAUGAUGGAGGUGAUAGAGUAUCAUCACCAUGAGUGCAAAAACACAAAAUUCCUGGAGGAACCUGACUGUAGAUUUCUCUUCAUAAUGGACUCAUUUGAUCGUUACCAAGCUCCUCUGGACUGGGAGAAUUCUCCAGUGGUGACCAACAUUUACGAACCAGCACAUCCGGACGUCCUGAUUGUCAAUCUCAUCCGAGGCAAUCUGCUUCCCGCUGCUCGCAUCUGGAUCCUGGGGAGACGGGCAGCAGUCUCAAAUAUUCCUGCUAGAUUCAUAGACACAGUCACAGAGAUACAGGGCUUCAGUGAUGAAAUGAAAGAUGACUACCUGAGCCGGCGCUAUGAAAAUGCACAGCUUGCAGCAAAUAUAGUGGCGCAUUACAAGCGCACACCCUCGCUCAAAAUGCUCUGUCGCCAGCCCUUUGUCUGCUGGAUGGUGGCCACCGUGUUUGAGCGCGGUUACCGCUACCAGAACUACGGAGUGAACCCCCCCAAGCUCACACCCUUCUACCUCCACAUCAUGAUCAUCCAGACGAACCGCAAGCUGCAGCACUACUACGAAAAACAGGAAAACGACCUGAAAUGGUCCGAUGAUGACAAGCACGUGAUAACAAAGAUGGGGAAGAUGGCCCUAAAGAUGCUGGAGAAGAACAUCAGUGUGUUCUCUGAAGAUGACCUCAGAGAGCAUGGCCUGAAGCUGAAGGAGGUGGCUGUGUUCUCCGGCCUCUGCACCGAGCUCCCCACCGCCGCCUCGAAGGACAGGAAGUUCUGCUUCAUACACUUCAGCUUUCAGGAGUUCAUGGCCGCCCUCUACGUCUUCCUGAUGCUGCGCAUAGAUGGAAAGAACAUUCUGGGUCACUCCAGCUUCCUGCACAUGCCGAAGCUCCUCGUCAAGGAUCAGUCCAAGGCAGCAGUGAGCAUGGUCCACAGCGCCAUAGGACGGACCCUCAGCUCCCCGCUGGGCCACUACGACAUGUUCCUGCGCUUCCUAUGUGGCAUGCUUUGCCAGACAAACCAUGACAAUUUGUUGAGGGGGAACCUCCUCCGCCCCCGCCUCCCGCCCGUGGGUGGACUGAAGGAGGUGGAGCGGCUGCUGGAGAAGACGAUCGACACGGCCCCAGCAGACCGGGUGGAAAACCUGAAGGAGUGCCUCAGAGAACUGAUCCAGGAGGAUGACUAAGUUGGAGAUACUUGAGUUCAAGGAAGGAAAAGGAGGUUUACAGUCUGUCGUGGUAAUCAUCUUUGGUCACAGCUGUGAUUGUUGCCAUCAAUCUUUAGAUUGUGCCGUUAUGGAAGUGAGCUUUGUUUGAUGUGUUGAUAGAACAUGCGACAAGUAAAGUUUGAAUUACAGAACUAAGGUGGCUGGUCUUUUACGGAUAUCUUCAUGUUCCUGCCCUGUCAAAGAAUAGAUAAGUAAUUGAGUGAGACUCCGUUCUACAGACUUGCUCAGUCAAACAUCAAGUUUCUCCGUUUCACACAUUAGAUUUAUGAUCAUUUAAAUGACAGCAUCAGACAUUUAUUGGCAGUCAUCUUACCAUUGCACUGGACAAGUAAAAAUGACCACUAUGCAUUACACAGUACUCUAACUAAAUAUAUUGUGCUGUAUAUUGAUGUUUACUUGCCUUGUGAAAUAACAAUGGAAAUAAUACGGAAAAAAUAAAAAAUGUCUGCCAGAUGACGGCAGGCAUGUAGAUUAUGUGUGUAUUUCCCAUGGGAGUGGUAAGAAAACAAAACGUGGAAUUCUCCCUUAAUUCACUUUAUUGAACACUUUUGAGGCUGAUACUGAGUGACAUGGGGGUCUGGAGAAGGAGGUUUGAUGAGACUAAGAGACAUUACAAAUAGGAAUCUGAUUUUGUGGACACGUUCAAAUUUGUAGACACACACACUUCAGCUUCACACAGAAUUGUAGACAGAAGUCCCACAAAUCAACCCAGUGCCAAACUGAAAGGAGAAGAAACCUAAAGAACACACAGGCUGGCUUGGAGGGUGUCUGAUGCAAUCUGUAACCUCUCAAAAAAAAAAAAAAAAAAAAAAAAAAAAAAAAAAAUAGAG